AUGGCCAAAGGAGACGAUGCGGCCAAAGCUUUCACUGAGAAGCAAUUCGACUAUCUUGUCAUCGGUGGAGGCACGGCUGGCCUUGUGGUGGCGGCGCGAUUGAGCGAAAGGCAGGACUUGAACGUUGGCGUACUCGAAGCUGGACAUGCCAUUCCAGAUGAUACACCUGCAGUCAGUGUGCCAGGACGAUGGGGUGAAGGGAUAGGCACAGGGUACGACUGGCAAUUCGAAACAACUUCGCAAAAACAGCUUGGUGGUCGAAAGCUAGCAUGGCCUCGUGGGAAAGCACUCGGAGGCUCGGCGGCGCUGAACUUCAUGAUAUGGAACCGACCUAGUCGCGAUGACCUGGAUGCGUGGGAACGGCUCGGAUGCAAGGGUUGGGGAUGGAACGACAUGCUGCACUAUUACAAGAAGAGUGAGAUGUUCGUAGAACCUAAUGACAAGGCUAAGCUAGAACAUACCAUCCACUACGAUCGUGAAGCACAUGGCACGAGCGGCCCAGUCACAGUCUCGUUCAAUAAGGAGCAUUCGGUUCCCCAUCAAUACUGGCACAAGACACUCGAAAACCUUGGUGUUGCAACAAACAAAAUGCACAUGUCAGGCUCGAACACUGGCGCAUGGACGAGCAUGGUGGCAGUCAAUCCUCAAACCGCAACUCGCGAGUACUCUGCCACUUCGUACUACAAGCCGGUGAGGGAUCGUAAAAAUUUGACGGUCUUGACUGGUGCUAUAGUGCGUGAUGUUGUGCUCGAGAAGUCUGAGGGAGAAUGGAUCGCCCAGGGCGUGCGUUUCGAGCACGACGGGUCAGAGUAUAUUGCCCAUGCCUCGAAAGAAGUGGUAUUGUCCGCUGGCAGUAUCAAGUCGCCACAAAUCCUUGAGCUGUCUGGUAUAGGAAACCCUGCGAUAUUGGAGAAAGCGGGGGCCCAGACGAAGGUGGUGAAUAAGAAUGUGGGCGAGAAUCUACAGGAUCAUCUGAUGACUGCAACAAUCUACGACAUAGAUCCGUCCGUCCCUACCCUCGACGACCUUCGCGUUGACCCCAAGCUUGCUGCUGCUGCAGACGAAGAAUACAAGACUCGCCUCACAGGCCCCAGGACCUUGCUCUCCUGUUCGAUGGCAUACAUCCCGCUGUCGACCUUGGUGCCAGAAGCAGGCAUCUCUACUCUGACUUCGCAUCUGUCAACUCCGACGGACCUCCUCUCAAAAGCUAUCGCUAGUCGGCUUGAACCUUCUGCCAACGGCGGCCAUGUUGAGUACAUCUUCGACGUGGGCAAUUGGAACCCUUUCACGCCGGUCCAGCCGGGCAAGAAAUACGCCACUCUGCUGCAAAUCCUCCAAUACCCUUUCUCGCGCGGCAGCAUUCAUAUCAACCCGGCAGCACCGCAUGAAGCUCCGAUAAUCGAUCCUCGAUACUACGAAGACGAGGGCCAAAUCGACCGUGAAGUCCAACUCCACGCCGCUGAGUUCGGUCAGAAAAUUCUCGAGGCUGAACCGCUCAAGUCCUUCGUCAAAGAACGAGUCUGGCCUCCUAAGGGCGUGAACAAUCGAGAAUGGAACGAGUGGAUCGUAGGAAAUACUACAACGGAUUGGCAUCCCGUCGCGACGUGUGCCAUGGGUGGAAAGGAGGGGAAGGAAGGGGGGGGGGGGGGGGUCGUCGACGAGAGGCUGAGGGUGUAUGGGGUGAAAGGAUUGAGGGUCGUGGAUGCGAGCAUUAUGCCAUUGCAGAUAUCGGCGCAUCUGCAGGCCACGGUGUAUGCCAUCGGCGAGAAAGGGGCUGAUGUGAUAUUGGAGGACGCGGGUGCUUGA